AUGCUUCGAUCGAUUCUUGGCCUUCUUGCGGUUGGAGCUCUUUUUGUGGUUGUUUCUUCCAAGAAGUGUGUCGACGGGAAGAAUAACGUUAUCAAAAUCUACGAUACCACCAAAGGUAAGGGUAAAAUCCUAGUGAAAGAUCUGCAAAUUGGAACUUACGAUAAGAACAAGAAGCCGAUUUGCGCCGAUGGAAAGCCGCAGUUCACGUUUCCUGGUAAUUUCAAAGUCCUAAAAGGUGAGUGUACGCCAUAUAACAAGAAGCCGAUUUGCGCCGAUGGAAAGCCGCAGUUCACGUUUCCUGGUAAUUUCAAAGUCCUAAAAGGGACGAUUGAAGUGGUUGAACCUCUUAAGAAAGGAGAGGAUAAAAUAAUGGUUGAAGUCUCGCUUGAAAAGAACUCAUUCAUGAUCGGUGUUGUAUGCGAGAAGGGUGUCAGCAAAAACCAAUUCGUCCCCAACGAGAUGUGCAAACUGGAUUUGUGCGAAAUUUCAUCGAUGUGUGAUCUUCUCACCGUAAGAACGCCUGCUCCUGUUGAAAUUACUUCACUGAUACAGAAGGAGUUCAUUGACUUCGGUCCAAUGCCUAUUCCCCAACUUGGAGGUGAAUGGAAGUUGUCAGUGAACCUGGUACAAGGAAAGAAGAAGCUAGCAGGUCUACGGGUUGGAACAGUCAAUGAAUGGUUGACAAUAGAGUCGAUAGACGACACAAACGCCGAUGAUGAGCCAGAAGAAACUGCUCACGAAGAGAGCGAAGCUGCGGAUCAUGAGGAACUUUAG